AGGCAGCCUCAUCACUGACAUAGGUGACCAGGCAGCCUCAUCGCUGACAUAGGUGACCAGGCAGCCUCAGAAACUCUGCCUCCCGGGUUCAAUUGAUUCUCCUGCCUCAGCCUCCCAAAUAGCUGUGAUUACAGGCACCCGCCACCACGCCCAGCUAAUUUUUGUAUUUUUAGUAGAAAUGGGGUUUCGCCAUGUUGGCCAGACUGGUCUCGAACUCCUGACCUCAGGUGAUCCAUCUGUCUCGGCCUUCCAAAGUGCUGGGAUUACAGGCUUGAGCCACCGUGCCUGGCCUCAAACUUUACAUUUAGACAGUGGCUUUUCAGGGCCUUUGUGUACAUCCUCCACCAAAACAGACCUGACAUUGAUUGAGUAAAUCAGGAUGGAAAUGAUGGCUUGUGAAACUGACCAUUGUAAAUUUAAAGAUAUUCACAUUUGCCAAAUGUGUUCUCCACUGGUGGCUUACUUUGAGUGGCUCACAUGCCUUCUAUAGAAUUGUGGGAUUAUGGAAGAGGUCCAGUAAUAUCUUAUGAAUCUCAUGGGUCCUUUCCUUUAAUUAUUCUGUAGGUGUUUCAUUAUAGGAGCUUCUCUUUAAUUAAACAGUAUUUUAAUAAUAACUUAUUUGUCUGGAGGACGUUGGUUCAGUAUCCUCCUAAAUCAAGAACUGAUAAACCACAGCUUAGUAGAUCUAGGACUAAGACUUAAGAUGUGGUUGGAAUCUCACUCAAGGCCUACCCAUCUAAAACUGCGUUCUAGCAAUUGCAUGCUGACUGUACCCAUGAGUCGUAAGUCUGUAGCUGCAAAGUCUGUCUAGUUUGAUAUUCAUUCUAAAUACUGGUAAGAGAAACAGACGUACCAGAACUUAUGGCUUGCUGAAGAUAGUAUGAGUAAUGUGGAAUCUGGGGAAGGGGUGCAUGUCACAUGGAAAUUGGGAGUCUUUGAAAAAGAUCUCUAUCAUGUAAAUUAAAAAAUAAUAAAUCUAGUUUCAGAAUGUGCAGUGAGUUUGGCGCUCUUACCACCUAUAAUCUAAGUAACCACGUACCAGGAUCUUAAAAUCAGUGGGGAAAAGGAACUAUUCAGUAAAUGGCUUUGGGAUAAUGACAUAUAUAAUCAGAGAGUUAUUUUCUCACACCUUACAUCAAAAUAAAUUCCAAAUGAAGCAAAGAUUUAAGUAUAAGAAAAUGGACUAAAUGACAACUAGAUUAUUAUUUAAAAUAUUCUCAGAGGCAAAAUGCCUAUGUAUGAUACACGUACAAAAAGAAAUCAUAAAAGAAUAUACAGUUGAUUGCCAUUAUUCACAGUACUUAAAUUUCAUAUAUGUAUCAUAAGCAUUGAAUUGGCAAAUACCGAAUCAUUGUUUUUAGGGGAAAUAUUGGAUUAGGCUCCUGUAAGCUUCGGGUCACAAGAUUUUUGUCAGUUUACCAAUGUGUAAGCUUGUUGCAUAUGUGUUUCUGUUUAAAGACACCUUAUUUACUAUAUAUCAUUAUUUUGUAAACAUUGGGCUCACGGCCAACACACUAUAACUCUUUCGUGAACAAAGCGUAUCUAACAUGUACAUUUUGUCCAUCAGAGACAUCCCAGCCUUCUUAUGUUCAGGAACAGUAGACGGCAUUUCAGCCCCAUCCUUAGGCCAUUUGAAACAGCAAAAUCACCAGUAAAAACUGGACAAAUGGAGAAAUGGUGGCCCUAAGUAGAUUAUGGAAAAGACACUUGAUUACGGUAUGGGAGCUGAAAAAAGGAGGCUGGGUAUGUGGGUCUCAGGUGACUCAAAUAUUUUGCUGCACUGUGAGUAUUUAAGUCUAAUAAUGACCAUGCAAGGCUGUAGUAUUGAUGUUGGGGUUACAUAUAAAUUUCAGCAGGUAGAUUAACUGCAAAUAUGGAAGCUGUAAUUUAUGAGGAUUAACUAUAUUGACAGAUAACUUUGACCUUAUAAAAAUGGAAAAGUUCCACAAGACAAAAAUCUAGACAGACAUACAAUUCAAAAGACCAAAAUCAAACUAAGUAAAAAUAUCUGCAACACGUCAUAGAAAUCUAGAUAAUUUUUUUUUUUUUUUUUUUGAGACGGAGUCUCGCUCUGUUGCCCUGGCUGGAGUGCAGUGCCCCGAUCUCGGCUCACUGCAAGCUCCGCCUCCCGGGUUCAGGCCAUUCUGGAUUUCACUGUGUUAGCCAGGAUGGUCUCGAUCUCCUGACCUCGUGAUCCACCCGCCUCGGCCUCCCAAAGUGCUGGGAUUACAGGCGUAAGCCACCGCGCCCGGCCGGUAAUUUUUUUAACCUACUAAGCAUUCUUCAAUGUCACUGUAAAAAAAAAGACCAGCAUCCUGUCAUUUGCGACAACACGGAGGAACCUGGAAGAUAUUAUGCUAGGUGAAAUCAGCCAGGCACAGAAAGACAAAUACCCAUUGAUCUCACUUACACAUGGGAUCUAAAACAGUUGGACUCAUAGAAGGAGAGAUUAAAAUGGUGGUUACCUGGGGCUGGGAUGUGGAAGUGGGUGGGGUAAGUGUAGGAAAUGGUAAGAUGUUUGUUAAAAGGUUCAGAGUAUCAAACAGAAGGAAUUAAGUUCAAAAGAAAAAAAAGGAAAACUACCAACAAGUCACAAGAAAAAUAGUGAAAGGAUGUGAACAAAUGGUUCAAAAUGUGUAAAAGUAUUUUAAUAGGUAACCCACUGAUACGGUUCAGCAACAAAGCACAAAAUAAUGCUUAGUGUAAAAUCUUCUCCCAUCCCAGUCCCUGGAGCCAAGCAACCCACACCAGAGGCCUCUGGUGCUAUUAGCUUCUUGUAGGAUCUUUUUGAGAUGUUUUAUGUAAAUAUAAGCGUAUUUGUGCCUGUGAGUGUGUGAUGGGUAAUUUCCCUUUUUUGGUUACACUAAUGGUAAUAUGCUAUAAAAACAAUUAUACACCUAGCUUUUGUUAUACUUUUAAUAUUUGAGGAAAUCAUUCCAUUUUAUAUUUAUUAUAGAGCUACCCAGUAUUAAAAGCUGCCUAGCCUUCUAUGCUAAUAGUGCCAUAUUAACAUUUAAUAUGUGUUGUUUGCUGUAUUUGCCACUACAAAUUACACUACAAAUAGGCGCGGUAUCUCACACCUGUAAUCCCAGCACUUUGGGAGGUGAGAUGGGCAGAUCAUUCAGCUCAGGAGUUCGAGACCAGCCUGGACAACGUGGUGAAACCCCAUCUCUACAAAAAAUACAACAACAAUAAAAAUAAUUGGCUGAGCAUGGUGGCACAUGCCUGUAGUCUCAGCUACUUGGGAGGCUGAGGUAGGAGGACCGCUUGAGUCUGGGAGGCAGAGGUUGCAGUGAGCCGAGAUGGUGCCACUGCACUCCAGCCUGGGUGACAUAGUGAGACUCUAUCUCAAAAAAAAAAAAAAAAAAAAAAGUCUUACAAAUAAUAUUCUUUAAAUACCUCUGUGCAGAUCAACAACUAUAUCUAUAGUAAAUAUCUUUUUGCCAAUUUGUAUCUUUUGAAUUUUUUACUAUAUACAUUUUUUAAACUAUUCAAUAAAUAUGGUCGUAUUUUCAUUCCAAAAUGAAAGAUACAUUUUAAUAAAAUUGAAGUUAAAGAAGAAAGAAAUGAAAAAGAAAGAAGUUCGAAGGGAUGAGAAGAAAAGACAGAUGGUAAUAUGACUGUCCUCUAAAGGAAAUGGUUUCUGUUGCUAGGUUUUCCACUUAGCUAAAGUCAUCAGCUGUUUGAUGAAUAGACAAUAGUUUGGAUUAAAAAAUAUUUAAAAUCCUUUUUUCGUUCCAAUUCAAGAUUUAAACAUGAAUGCCAUUAGAAAUGAAUAGGGGCAAAUCAAGAGUUCUAGGGCACUGGAAGCAUGUCAGGAGAAAAGACCUCUGUUUCCUCCUUAUUACAAGAUGCUCUCUGAACAGGCCGUCCUCAUUCUAAAGAUCUGUGAGUCUGAUUUUAUUAAUAUCAUUGAAGUAAAUUUCCCUUUCAUUUCUCCUAAACUAUCCCUCAAGCAAAUGAAAAAGCAAAUGAAUUGCAAGGUUAUUUUUCUUAAAAUAGGACCAUCGUCUUUUGAAAUACACAGGAUUUUAAUUUUAAAAUACUUUGUGCAUUAUAUUUUCCCCAUGAUUGCCUUCAAAUAGUGGGUACUUUUUCUCAUAAGCAUUAAUUGGGAACCGUGUGGCUACGAGAUCAAAGAAAUAAUAUCCUAGAAAUAAUAUGGUCACAUUUACAUAGAAAUAAUAAUGCUGGAGUUGUUUUCUUUUCUUUUCUUUUCUUUUUUUUUUUUUUUUGAGACAAAAUCUAACUCUGUCAUCACCUAGGCUGGAGUGCAAUGAUGCUACCCCAGCUCACUGCAACCUCCACCUCCUGGAUUUAAGUGAUUUUUUCUGCCUCAGCCUCCUGAGUAGCUGGGAUUACAGGUGCCUGCCACCACACCCAGCUAAUUUUUGUAUUUUUAGUAGAGAGGGGUUUCACCACGUUGGCCAGGCUGGUCUCGAACUCCUGCCCUCAAGUGAUCCGCCCGCCACAGCCUCCCAAAGUGCUAGGAUUAUAGGCAUGAGCCACCGCGCCAGACCCCAAAUUUUAUUUUUUAUUCAUAUAUUCUCCACUGUCUCAGCUGGCAUUAAUGAAUCUUAAGUUUGCUUUUAUUGUAUCAUAAUUUUGAAAGUGCCUAGUAAGGAGGGGUUAUUAGUGUCCAGAUGUAUUUCAGAAGCAGCAAACUAAUCAUCUUUGAAUAGUGAUAGAUAUUUUUUCAGGUAGAAAAAUUUUAUAGGUAAUGCCAAUAGGUACAAAUAUAGGCGCUAAUGAUUUCUUUUAAUAUUUCUGGAAAGGAAUUAGAUUAUAUAUCUGUGAUAGAAUAUAAUACUAAGUAUUAGAUUGUAGAAGGCUUUGUUUCAAGGUGGUUAUUCAUUCAUGUUACUACCUUCUUCAAUCAUAACUCAGUAAGACCUCAAAGAUCUAAAUCUUUGGGCUUUGUAAAUCCUGAAUUACUUAGGUCUCUGCUACUGGAAAGUGAACAUCAAAAGUCGUCUAUUUAAGAAAAAAAGUAGUUUUUAUAAUCUGAGUUGUAUACUGGACCCAUAGAGAUCAUUUUAAAUGUAGCAAUGAAUAGAGAUUGGAUAAAAACAGUGUUAAAAAUUCUUUUCUAAUUCAAGUUCAAAUUUUAAAAAUUUGAAAGGCACGUUUUAGUGUAUAAAUAAUUGAAAAGUUGUUGACAGUUGUUUGUUUUGCAGUCAGCAAGUGGCAAGGAUCUUUGCAGAGACAACAGGAAAAUAAAGGCCGUAACAUGCGUAUAUACACAAUGAAAUAUGGAUGUGAGCUUAGAGGCUACACACGGUCUCUGGGAUACUCGAACUAUCUUUCUUGCCGUGGACCAGCUAACAUGCCUUGGUUGCGCCAGUGUACUGACCCCUGUGGACAUUACCUCAUUAAAUAUUCAAUAAAUGUUAUUUUUUUCCUACUGCCUUUCUGUCUUCUAUAUGAGAAUAUGUUGUGGGACUGGAAAGUAUCUUAAAGUGAACAGCCAGGUACAUACCGUGGGCUGUGACUACUGUGGGCCACUGGUAGAGAUUGCCCGGAAUAGAGGAUGUGAAGCCUUGUCAUACAUCAUUUUUCUACAAAACAAAGAAGAAUCAGAGCAAUAAAAGAAAUGGCCAGGGUCUUAGUUCCUGGAGGCCAGCUGAUGAUAUAUGUUUGGGCAAUGGAACAAAAGAACCGUCGCUUUGAGAAGCAAGACGUGCUUGUUCCAUGGAACAGGGCCCUGUGUUCCCAGCUCUUCUCAGAGUCCAGCCAGUCUGGGAGGAAGAGGCAGUGUGGACACCCGGAAAGAGGCCAUCCCUACCAUCCUCCUUGCUCUGAGUGUAGCUGUUCUGUUUGUUUUAAAGAGCAGUGUGGUUCAAAACGGUCCCACAGUGUGGACUAUGAACCUGCUAUGGCAAGAACCUGUUUUGCAAAUAUUUCUAAGGAAGGCGAGGAAGAAUAUGGAUUCUACAGCACAUUAGGAAAAUCGUUUCGUUCCUGGUUUUUCUCCAGAUCUUUGGAUGAAUCGACUCUGAGGAAGCAAAUUGAAAGAGUAAGACCCUUGAAAAACACAGAAGUUUGGGCCAAUAGCACUGUAACAAUCCAGCCUUCCAGACACUCUAGUUUAGACUUUGAUCACCAAGAGCCAUUUUCAACAAAAGAGCAAAGCCUAGAUGAGGAAGUGUUUGUGGAAUCUUCUUCUGGAAAACACUUGGAGUGGCUGAGAGCACCAAGUACCCUGAAUCAUUUAAAUGGAGGCCAUCAAGGAGAAAUGAGAAGAAAUGGAGGCGGAAAUUUUCUGGAUAGCACUAAUACCGGUGUGAAUUGUGUGGAUGCAGGUAACUUAGAAGAUGAUAAUCCUUCUGCUAGUAAAAUAUUGAGAAGGAUUUCUGCAGUCGAUUCCACAGAUUCCAACCCAGAUGAUACAAUGUCUGUGGAAGAUCCACAGCCUGAUAUUUUGGACUCCACAGCCUUUAUGCGCUACUACCACGUGUUUCGAGAAGGGGAGCUCUACAGUCUGCUCAAGGAGAAUGUGUCAGAGCUCCGUAUCCUGAGUUCUGGGAAUGAUCAUGGUAACUGGUGUAUCAUUGCAGAGAAAAAGGGAAGUUGUGAUUGAUUGGAACCUUUUAGACAACUCCUCCAAAAGAUGAGCCACAUUCUUUUCUCUUGGUUUGAUAUGGUUACCUGAAUUUGCAUUCAGUGUUAUUUGUUAAUCCAUUUAUGCUUUGGUCUGCAGAGACUAUUAGUUAUUUGGUUGUUUUUGUUUUUAUCUUUGAAUAAGCACAGAUCCUGGCACUGAAAGCACUUGACAAAGGGUAUUUGUGCUUAAAUGUUAAUAUAAAAGAUCUGAAGGAGCAACAGAAAAUGCCCUUCAGUACAGCUCAGAUUUUUUUUUUUAACCCCAGAGAGAUAAAAUACAUGUAUAGUGUUUUUCAGUAUUAAACAUCGAUUUAAAAAGAUUAUGCUGUUAAAUAAUCUUUUAAAACAGUAUUUUUAUAAAGUGAGGGGAUAAUUUCUGGUUCUCAGGUUAUAAUUGAGAGCAGUGUGCAAGAUAAUAGGUAAAUUUGAUCCAUUGCACAGAUACACAUUGAACCAUGCGAUGAGUUAUCUUGUUGCCAAGGCCUUGCUUCUACUUAAAGUUUUCAGAAAACUGAGUGACAGUGGAGAGAACCAAGAAGUGUUACAAGGACUUUUCUAAAUUAUAAGCAAACUUGCUUCAAAAUAAGUUGACAUGUGAUAACAAGGUUUUCAAUGUAGCCCAGGAGGUUUUUAAAGGCGCUGUUAGGCUGAGCGUGGUGGCUCAUGCCUGUAAUCCUAGCACUUUGGGAGGCCGAGGCAGAAGGAUCACUUGAACCCAGGAGUUCAAGAAUAGCCUGGGCAAUAUAGCAAGACCCCAUCACUAUAAAAAAUUAGCCAGGUGUGGUGGUGCAUGACUGUCGUCCAAGCUACUCAAGAGACUGAGGCAGGAGGAUCACGUGAGCCCAGGAAUUCAAGGCUGCAGUGAAUUAUGAUUGCACCACUGCACUGCAGCCUGGGCAACAUAGCAAGACUGUCUCAAAAUAAUAAUAAUAAUAAAGGCAUUGUUAGCUUGUAAGGAGUGGAGUAUGUAAGUGCUAGGAGUUAUAUGCAAGUACCCAAGUGGUAUUCUUCCAAUCUUAUUAGAAGCAUGAAUAUCCAAGACCAAGAUUGACUAAUGAUGAGUCUGCAUCAAGAACUACGCAUUUCUUCUGAGUUGACGGACUCUUUAGGAAAGGAAAAUCUAGGUGAAGCACUGAUUUUAGCUCUGAGAACAAACAAAUUAAGGUACAGCAUAGUUACCCUUGGUAGAGGUAUGACUGGGGUUUGCUGUAUCCUUUAAAAUAGUAUCUGGGCAUUUAUUUUAUUGAAGGUGACUACAUUUUAUUAGUUAUAUUGGGAAUUUAGGUAGAAUCAACUUCUACUGAUUAAAGGUUGAAUUUCUGUCACUUUGUAGAGAAACAAAUAGACUGGACACUGUGUGGUCACUGUUUAGAUUUGCCCAUGGGUCUGUUUAAAUCUAUGUCAUGGAUCCUGAGACAAAAAUAUAAUUAAGACAGGUCUAGAGACAGGAGAAGCAGAAAUAAGUUGACCCAGACAUACAGUCUCAAGUAGUUCAUUAAUGAGAAAAUUGACAUCUGACAAGAAUCUUUUUACUUUAUGCUGGAUGAAAAUCCAAAUCUUGUUUUAUUUUUUCCACUAAAAGUAACUAAAAUAAUACAAAUUUCAUUUGUUUUUGGGUUCUUUUCUCCUUUAAUGAUUGUGCUGUAACUUAAAAUAAUGAUGUUACUUUUGAACAAACUUAAAGAACUAUUUUUAAAGCACAUGAAAACUAUUGAUGUUUAUAACUCUCUUUUGGCUUCAAAAUAAGAUUGUGUUAUCACUAUUUUGGUAGAGGAGGUUGUCUGGUGAAAAUGAUGCAUAUGACUUGUACUGUUCAGUGUACAUCCUGCAGUAGUGGACGAUUGAAAACAUAUGUAAGUGGAGUAUAAAUUAAAAAAUAAUUUGGUUUCUUCUAUUUCUCUUUUUUUUUUUGAGACAGAGUCUCCCUCUGUCUCCCAGGCUGGAGUGCAGUGGCGCUAUCUCGGCUCACUGCAAGCUCCGUCUCCUGGGUUCACGCCAUUCUCCUGCCUCAGCCUCCCAAGUAGCUGGGACUACAGGCACCCACCACCAUGCCCGGCUGGUUUUUUGUAUUUUUAGUAGAGACGGGGUUUCACCGCAUUAGCCAGGAUGGUCUCGAUCUCCUGACGUCAUGAUCCACCCGCCUCGGCCCCCCAAAGUGCUGGGAUUACAGGUGUGAGCCACCACGCCCAGCCUGUUUCUUUUAUUUCUUAAUUCAGGACAUUAAACCAUGACUGCAAGGGAUUUUCUUGGUAAAAAGAAAAGAUUCUCAGAGUCAAAAUGUUCUUACAACUCGGGCUUGAUGGCCUUUGAAUUAUGAAUGGAUUGUUCCUCUCUCUGAAGCCUGUUGUCACAUGGGUUUUUAAUCCUGGCUUUGCUGCUAGAAAUCUGUGCUUGAAGUCCUCUCUUUCUGCUGGUAGCCUACCACUUAAAAGUCAUGACGUGGUGGAACUCAGUUUACUAGACUCUUUAGCCUUUGAGCUAAACUGUCUGAGCAACCUCUUAGAUGUACACACACCACUUUGUAUGAAAGGGUUCUCUAGAACGGUUCUUUGGAGAGAAAUAUUUUCAUGUAAGUUUGACAGGGGUGUAAAUAAAGCAUGGUUACUAAUAAGUCUUUUACUCUUCAUCUAAUGAACAUAAGAAUCUAUGCAUCCAGAUAUUAUUUUGUAUACAAAUAUUUAACUUGGUGAUUGAUAAUCUCUCUUUGGGGAAGUCACAUGGAAAGCUCUUUUAAAUUUAACUUCUGCCUUUGGAUUUUUUUUAAAAAGCCAUUGAAGAGCAAAACUAACGUAAACAUC